AUGUCGCAUGUCCCAAAAAGGGCCGUGCAGCAUUGCUUGUACACACCCUUGCAGGAAGUUUCGCCGCCUUGCCUAAAGCCUUGCCAAACAAAACUGCAUCCGUCUGGUCUUUACACGUCGGAAGUGGCCCACAAAGACACCUUACGGCAGCAACCCAAACUGCUGCAGGAUACUCAAAAAGAGUCAGAAUAUGAGAGGCAACAGUGCAGGUCGACCCGUCCUGAGGACUACAAGGUGUCACGAGAAAGCAGGACCAGCGAAGACAACCUGCAGACUGCCCAUGAAGCAGAAAGAGGCUCGGGGGCACACUGGUCCUCCGAGUAUCGGUCUGCCUCCGCCGAAGGCAUGUCGAGAAGGCCCACCCCACAACUGACGGCGCAACAGAUCUUGGCCAGCCGAGUGGUCCCAGCACCACGCAGUUGUGUGAGCAAAGUGCUCAACCACAGCAGUCACACGGCAGACUUUGGAAGGCAUGGCUCGAAUCCACGGGAGAAAAUCUCUCCGUGGGAGGACAAAAUGCCGGUGUUCAAGACCGACCUAAAUGCUGGGACCACAAAAGGUACCUUGCACAUCCCUGGCUACCAGGGUGUGACUCCUAGCUGUCCGGGCUUCAGUGAGCAGCAGCUCCGCGUAGCGAGGGUCCAAAUCAGGUCUGUUGACAAAAGCAACAUCGUGGAGAACUUCCGCAAGAAAGUGGUUGGAUAUGGUGGGCACGUUCCACAAGCAGCUCAUUGCUUACAGGUCAAGUCAUGUUUGCAACGACUUCGGGUGACGAAACUGACAGAUCUCGUAGCUUUCGGCAAGUCAAUGAUUCAAGCCUCACAAAGCAGGCCCUUUGCAGCCAUCAGCGGCUUUGUACUUGUUCUGGCCGCAUCGCACUUGACUUUGCGAAGAAAAACAGGACCUCAGCUGAAGAUGAUGAGCUUACCUUCAGUUCCAAGGGGUCAGGCUGCUUCUGCUUACAGAGGCAGCACGGCCGCGCUUCCAGGAAGACGCUCCGUUUUGCCUCCCAUUGAGGGUGGCUUUGGUGGCGCCCGUGGUGCUUCGCGCCAAUCAGUGCUUGACCCGCCAGAUGGAGGUUUGGUUCGCCGCGUCUCGGUGACCCCUACGGCAAUGGAGAUGUCGAAAGACAGUAUCUCCAAAACCCUCUCGUCGCUGAAGUUGUUUAAGGAUUUGGACCCUGCGGUCAUGCAGAUGAUUCCUGAGAUCCUGACAUCCAUUUUUUGCCAGGCCGGGACCGUGCUGUUCAAGCAGGGCGAUCCACCGGGCAGCUGCUAUGUUGUCAUCGGUGGAGCCGUGGGUGUCUUUGCACUGUCCGACGAAGAAAUGCCGCCUCAUCCUGCACAGGGUACGGCCCGAUUGGCGACAGAGACCGACUUCAUGCAAAGCUUUCUUCCUGGCCAGAAGACGGUGGAUGGGUUUAGCCGAUACCACGAUGACACAAACCUGGGAAACCGCGUCUCCAAGCUUGGGCCCGGCAGCGUCGUCGGCGAACUCGCGCUGAUGAACGAUCAGCCACGGCUGGCGUCUGCAAAGUGUCUGGAGGACACGGAGGUUUUCGUCAUCAGACGGCAUGACUUCGACAAUGUCCUGAAAGAGGAGAUGGUCAAGAAGGGUGAUGAGAAGUUGAGGUUCCUUAUGCGGCAUCUGCCAGGCAUGAAAGAGGUACCUGUGCCGAAACCUGGGGGAAAGCCUCAUGCUGCCUACAUUUUCAAGCAUGCGAAGUUCCCACGGGGCCACACCUUCCUGGUGCAAGGCAAGAUUGCUGAACCACAUUUCUGGGCCGUGUACCGCGGUGCAGUUGAGUUCAAGAGGGCGGAGGUUCUCCUGCUGGAGAAGCUUGGAAGUGGUGAUUGCAGCAUGCCGCAGCUUCGUUCGCGACCCCUCAGUGCUUUGAAGAAGACUGGAAUGAAGAAGUCGAUAUCUGCACCGCGCCUGCAUGGUAUUGGACGAGACGGGAAUGUGGCUGUAGAGGCCAACGACUCCAAUCCAAACGGGGUAAUGAGCCGCAGAGGGGUUUUGGUCGCCGGAGGUGUGUUUGGCUCCUUGCCCUUUCCGGCGCCGGAGCCAUUUACCGUCCGCGUCACUUCCCCGAUGUGUGAGGUGUUCUUCAUGUCCAGCACUGACUUCCCAAAGAUUCCCAGGAAGCUGCUGGACAUUUUGAACGAGUAUGUUGCAUCAUCCACCACGUGGCGCUUGGGAUGUCAUCAGAGGAGCACUGAGUUUCGCAAGCAUGGUCAUGGUGUCCCAGAAGCAAAGCUGCCGGAAGAUGAUACUGACAAAUCUCAGUGGACGUCUAGCAACACCGACGACAACGAGCUUGUGGAAGAUUUCCGCGAAGUGCGAAAGAACCAUUUCGAAGAAUUUCAGAAGGCCGCGUUCGCUGGAACUUGA